CUACCCUCCUCUCUUGGUCACAUGUACCGUACAAAUUACAGUGCUGCACAACACAGUUCAUAAGCUAUCUGUCUCUGUCUGAAUAUGAAGAUUCUAGCUGCUGUUCUCCUCAUCUCUCUGGCCUACAGGGCUCAAGCCAAGAAUGCAACUCUCUACGUUCUGAAUGAUGCUGUAAAAACGCAUGGAGCUAUGUGCCUGGAUGGGUCACCCACAGGCUAUUUCUUGAGGGAGGGCGCUGGUGAUGGUGCAUCCAAGUGGAUAUUGCAUUUAGAGGGCGGUGGAUGGUGCAAUGAUACGGAACAGUGUUAUGAGCGUAGCUUCAAACCUCUGGGCUCGUCUAAGAACUGGCCCAAGUCAGCAGCACUUCCAGGUUUUCUCUCAGACAACUCCACCGUUAAUCCUGGCUUCUACAACUGGAAUAUUAUCUAUGUGAUGUACUGUGAUGGGGCUUCAUUCGCUGGCUAUGUGGACAAGCCUGAUAUGUACAAUGGCAAGGCUCUCUACUAUAGAGGGAGAGCGAACCUCAAAGCCUCACUAGAUGAUCUACUCAGUAAAGGAAUGGAUAAGGCCACUGACGUCAUCCUCACUGGCUGCUCUGCUGGAGGACUGGCAGUCUAUCUUCAUGCUGAUGCAGUGGGUCGGUACCUGCCAAAAACGAUUAAGAAAUACAAGGCAUUCCCAGAUGCUGGCUAUUUCAUUGACUCUGAGAACAUCCAUCGUAUACCAGCCUUCAAAAUGGGAACUCAAAAUAUAUUUAAGAUGCAAAAUGCGAGUGCUGGUGUGAACCAAAACUGUCUAAAGGCACAAAAACCAGAAGAUAUGUGGAAGUGCAUGUUUGCCCCAUACACUUAUUCAUUCAUCAAGACUCCUCUGUUUGUGCUUAACUCAAUGUAUGACACAGCUCAAAUUAAUAGUCUGUUUGGGUUGCCUUGUCUGCCUCCAAACUGCAACAGGACUUACCUGGAAGAAUUCUACGAUUAUGGACAGAGAUUCCUGGAUCAGGCAAGACCAGUAUUUGAAUCGUUCCCUCUCAAUGGCUACUACAUUGACUCGUGCCAGAUCCACUGCCAGACGCUCUAUGACGGUCCCUGGAGCACGUUCACUAUCAGCAACUCUAGCAUGAGGGAAACGUUCACCCACUGGUACAACGAUAAGAGUGGGGAGGUGGAUACUCGUCGCAAGGAUUGUGAGGUUCCCUACAACUGUGACCCUUCCUGCUCAGCACACAAUGUCGAGACCAAGGGCAACCCCCUUAACGAACAGAGGGUGUUUUAAUUACUUUUAUUGAACGAAAGACUUUUAUGAUUUUCUCUGUAUUGAUUUGAACCCACCCACACACGUUGAGUGUUAAUGUGUUUUUAAAGAGAA